AUGUCGCGCCAUCACCCUGAUUUGGUCAUGUGUCGCAAGACCGCUGGCAUCGCCAUCGGCCGCCUCUGCGACAAAUGCGACGGCAAGUGCCCCGUCUGCGACAGUUACGUCCGCCCUACAACCCUCGUCCGCAUCUGCGACGAAUGCUCCUUCGGAAACUACCAAAACAAAUGCGUUGUCUGCGGUGGCGAGGGGAUCUCCGACGCCUUCUACUGCUUCGAAUGCACCCGGCUUGAAAAGGACAGAGAUGGCUGCCCUAAGAUUAUAAAUCUGGGUAGUUCAAGGACGGAUCUGUUCUACCAGAAAAAGAAUUUCCGGAAUCAUUAG